AUGAAGUUCUAUAUUGGAGACCUUCCCGUGCUCUUUCCAUACCCCAGAAUAUAUCCCGAGCAAUAUGAGUACAUGUGCGCGCUCAAGCAGACCCUCGACUCCGGCGGCCACUGCGUAUUGGAGAUGCCUUCAGGCACGGGAAAGACCGUGUCGCUUCUUUCGCUGAUUGUCGCGUACCAACAGCACUAUCCCGAGCAUCGGAAGCUAAUCUACUGCUCGCGAACCAUGUCGGAGAUCGAGAAGGCGCUCGCCGAACUCAAAGCAUUGAUGAAGUACCGAUCAGACCAGCUCGGGCAUGCCGAGGAUUUCAGAGGACUGGGCCUCACGAGUCGCAAGAAUCUUUGCCUGCAUCCAUCCGUCAAACAGGAGAAGAGCGGCUCGGUCGUAGAUGCGCGAUGUCGAAGUCUGACGGCUGCUUUCGUCAAGGAGAAGAAGGAUCGUGGCGAAGAUGUCGACGUGUGCAUCUACCACGACAAUCUCGACCUGCUUGAGCCACACAACCUGAUCCCGCCAGGAGUCUGGACGCUCGAUGGCAUGCUGCGAUAUGGAGAGCAACAGAAACAGUGCCCCUACUUCACCGCGCGUCGGAUGAUGCCUUUCUGCAACGUCAUCAUCUAUUCUUAUCACUAUCUCCUGGAUCCAAAGAUUGCGGAGCGGGUGUCGAGAGAGCUCUCCAAGGACUGCAUCGUCGUCUUUGACGAGGCACACAACAUCGACAACGUCUGUAUCGAAUCGCUGAGCAUAGACCUGACCGAAGACUCCUUGCGGAAGGCUGCCAGAGGUGCUGCCAACUUGGAGAGAGAAAUUACCACGAUGAAGCAGACUGAUGCAGACAAACUUCAGAAUGAGUAUGCAAAGCUCGUCGAAGGUCUACGAGAAGCCGACGCGGCUCGUGACGAAGGAGCAUUCAUGUCUAAUCCAGCUCUCCCAGACGACUUGCUAAAAGAAGCGGUCCCUGGCAACAUCCGGAGAGCUGAACACUUCGUCGCCUUCCUGAAGCGAUUCAUCGAAUACCUCAAAACACGUAUGAAGGUGUUACACGUCAUCUCGGAAACGCCGCCGUCAUUUCUGCAACAUCUCAAAGAGCUCACCUUCAUCGAGAGAAAACCGCUCCGCUUUUGUGCCGAACGUCUAACCUCUCUCGUCCGCACACUGGAACUCACAAACAUCGAAGACUAUCAGCCACUACAGGAAGUGGCAACGUUCGCAACACUCGCCGCUACCUAUGAUACUGGAUUCUUGCUGAUCCUUGAACCAUAUGAAUCCGACACUGCUACCGUCCCGAACCCGAUCCUCCACUUCACAUGCCUCGAUGCAGCGAUAGCGAUCAAACCCGUUUUUGACCGCUUCAGCUCAGUCAUCAUCACCUCUGGAACAAUCUCACCUCUGGAGAUGUAUCCGAAAAUGCUGGGCUUUGAGUGUGUAGUUCAAGAAUCAUACACGAUGACGCUGGCGAGAAAGUCUUUCUUGCCGAUGAUCGUGACACGAGGCUCCGAUCAGGGCCAGAUAUCUUCGGGCUUCCAAACGCGUAACGAUCCAGCCAACGUUCGCAACUACGGCAACCUUCUCAUCGAGUUCUCCAAGCUGACACCGGAUGGGAUCGUGGUCUUCUUUCCAUCUUACCUAUACAUGGAGAGCGUCAUCUCAAUGUGGCAGACUAUGGGUAUCCUCGAUUCGGUGUGGAAGAGCAAGCUGAUUCUGGUAGAAACGCCGGAUAGUCAAGAGACCUCUCUCGCAUUGGAGACCUAUCGAACGGCAUGCAGUAACGGCAGAGGUGCUGUACUGCUGUGUGUCGCACGAGGAAAGGUGUCUGAAGGGAUCGAUUUCGAUCACCACUAUGGUCGCACGGUGCUUUGCAUCGGCGUGCCCUUUCAAUACACAGAAUCGCGCAUCCUGAAAGCUCGCCUCGAGUUUCUGCGCGAGACCUACCGGAUUAAGGAAAACGACUUCCUCUCCUUCGAUGCGAUGCGACACUGCGCACAAUGUCUCGGUCGUGUGUUGCGUGGCAAAGACGAUUACGGCGUCAUGGUCAUGGCGGAUAAGCGUUUCGCCAAGAAGCGGAACCAACUGCCCAAGUGGAUCAACAACCAGCUCAUGGAUAGCGACACCAACAUGUCUGUCGAUCAGGCUGUUGCCGCCGCAAAGAAGUUCUUGAAGCAGAUGAGUCAGCCAUUUCCCAUCUCCAUGCAAGAGGGUAUCAGUACGUGGAGUUACGAAGACUUGGUGGCCCACCAGCAGAAGGUCCAUGCCACGCUCAUCACAGUGCCACACUCGCAAGCAGCCGCAUAUGCAAUUACAAUUCUCGACACAAUCAUCACGCUGCAACCGUAG